AUGUACAGAUCUACAAGAUCCCCAAUGUUGCAAUCUAUGGUUAACUCGGGAAUGGGCAUGGCCCCCUUUCUACAGGUGACAGUUUUCGAGCAGGAGCACUUCCAGGGAAAGUGCCAGGAGUUCACCUCUGAGUGCAUGAACAUCCAGGAGUGUGGCCUGGAUAACAUCCGCUCCAUCAGAGUGGAGAGUGGAGCCUGGGUGGGCUUUGAGCACCAUGACUUCCAGGGCCAGCAGUUCAUCCUGGAGAGGGGAGAGUACCCUCACUGGGACUCCUACAGCGGCUCCCUGUCCUACCACGUGGAGCGCCUCAUGUCCCUGCGCCCCAUCUACUGUGCUUCCCACCAGAGCAGCCGUAUGAUGAUCUUCGAGAAGGAGAACUUCAUGGGCCGCAGCGUGGAGCUGGUGGACGACUACCCCUCCCUGCAGGCCAUGGGCUGGUGCAUGCCCGAAGUGGGCUCCAUGCACGUGCAGUGUGGCGCCUUUGUGUGCUACCAGUACCCUGGAUACAGGGGCCAGCAGUACAUCAUGGAGUGUGAGAGGCACAGCGGAGACUACCAGCACUGGAAGAACUGGGGCUCCCACUGCCAGACCCCUCAGAUCCAGUCCAUCCGUCGUAUCCAGCACUAAGAGGGGGCCAGGUUGAGGACAGCGACCCCCCAGCCCCCUUCCCCCUUGUUGACCCCCUAGUACUGCCCUCUCUCCCCGUCUCCCCUGACCAGGACAGCAUGGGCAGACCCACUGACACACAGAGCCGCUCCACGGUACGAUGAGACAAUAUCGCACUGUAAAAGCACAGGCACACACACAUAGGACACAUAGUAGAUGUACUGAUAGUAAGAUAACACACAGUGUCUUUUUAUCUGGUUAGAGCAGCCACACACACCUGCGCUGAACCACCCAAAC